AGCCCGUUCUCUGCGGCGCGAGCGGCGGCCGGCGUCCGGGCGUCACUCGGCCGAGGAAGCACGCCGGAGGGGCACGCUCCCUCCUCCUCCCUGUCCCUGACUCGUCCCCGGGGCACUUCUGAGGCUGGAAGAGAGCAGGACGGCGGGCGAGGAUGGCGUCUCGCGACGGGCCCAUGGUGGCGGGCACGGACGGCACGGACUUCGUGCACAGGGAGACUGUGGCCUCCCACUACCAGAUUAGCUGGCCUCUCAAGAAGAAAGUGUCAGAAGUUGUGCUGAACAAAGGACGGCUAAGAAAAUGCGUGUUUUCACACCUCCUCCUGGCACUCCUGAUGGUGGUGAAGAUGGUUCCCGACUUUCUCGACAGACUAGACAUAUUCGUACUCGAAAUUGAAGAAUUAGAAGUUCCGCAGCCUCUCAAAUGGGAAUAUGUGUGGCUUGUCGGAUCCCUUGCCAGUUUCCUCGGCCUGAUGGCUAUAAGAAAAAAUAGAGUAUUGCUUCUACAGAUAUACUUUGGUCUUAUCAACCUCUUCUCAACGGUGCCCAUUCUCUUGGCUGCCAUGAUCUAUUUCUCCGAAUUCCUUAAAUACUGCUCUGAGGAGGAGCCUGCAGGUCUACAGCUAUGGCAGGGAUAUCCUGUUGCUGUCCUAUGGUACAGCUUCAUCAUGAUAGCAAUGCAAGUCCAUAUCUUCACCCUCAUUUUCGCAUGGAAGCUCAUUCUGGCAUGGAAGAACCGCGGAGCAACAAAGAAGGGACAGUAGAUCAACAAAUCAAAAUCACAAAUUGCUAUACAACCCGAGAUUACAUAAGCAAGCAAUAUUGCUGGUGUUGAUGCUUCUGUAAUUCCUCGUCAUUACAUUGUUGGCUGCUCGUACCACAGUAUGUGUAUCCUAAAUUAAUUUUUCUGAGUGGAUACAACUGUGUUGUAUUAGCAGACAGACAACAGAAUGGAUUCAUAUGCAAUUUUGUUUUUGUUUUACUCUUUCUGUUUUAUGUAAAUGUGUAACUUUGGUUCAUGGAAAAGUGAUAAUGUUUUAAAAAUGCUGUGUGUUGCAUCUCGAACUGGGAUAAAAUCCUUUUUUUGGGUUAUAUUUGUUUUAUUUUCUUUAAUACAUUUUGAUGUUUUAGAAGAAAAAGUUAUUACACUUGUUUCUUAUUGCUCUUUACUACAACACUUGUUUAGGAGACCGUCAAAUUUAUUAUUGUAAUUCUGAAGACAAUAAAUGUAACCUGAAUAAUAAUAAUAAUAAUAAAAAAAAAGGACAGGUUGUGAAUUCAGUCUCCAAUUGUACAUCUGAAAAUGCAUUUGGUCAUCUGAAUAAUGGACAGCUGACUGAACAUCAAUUGUAGUAAAGGCAACUUCACUGGUCUUCUUUUUAUCAUUAUGGUUUUGUUUCCUUUUUUUUUUUAUAUAUAUGUAUUUCUUUCUUAAAGUUUUCAUUAUCUGAUUUUUUUUUUUUUUCUUAUGCUGUUAUUUUUUAGAAUUAAAAGUUGCUAUUAUACUCUAUUGAAAUGUUGAUUGUUCAAGUGCUUUGGUCUGUUAAAUAUAAAAAAUAAAAAAAAACUUUUUUUCAAAUUUGAGAGUAUGAGGAAGCUGCACAGGGUAAAAGGUUGCAGACUGAUGUGUUGAACGUUUAAAAAAUUUUGGUUGUAGAAUAGCAUUCAUAUGAUGAGAACUUGUCGUUUUAUAUCCGAAAUUAAAGUGACAUUUCCGUGAUAUUUUUACAGUGAUGCUUCACCUGAACGAAAUACCCAGUGUAGCUUUUUUCAGAUGUUUCACAAUUUCCUCACCUUGUUAUUGUUAUCUUGAUGGUUGUUAAUUUUCAUAUAUAUUUCCUUGUUAUUACAUUUCAAAACAUAUCAUUAUUUUAUUUUUAUUUUUUUCCCCAUUAGCAUAAUUGUAACAUCUCUUCAUGGCAGUAAAAAUCCAUCAUCUGAACUGGACUUUAUUUGUGCUCUUUCACUGUGAAUAUCUUUCAUACCCAUCCUCUUCGCACACGAGACGACAGAGGGAGGAUUUCAUUAAUAACACAUAUAAAAGAAAAGUUUUGCCUUUUCUCUAUCCUCCUUGUUUUUUUUUUUUUUUUUUUUUUUUUUUUUUUCUUUUCUCUUUUUCUUUCUUCUUUUUUUGGUAAUGUGCCUUCCUGUUAUGUGAAUUCAUCAAGGCCUUUUUUUUUUUUUUUUUUUUUCAUAUAUAUAUAUACAUGGAAAGAAAAUGGCGUAUUUCUAUGUCGUGUCUGGUAUCUGUGCCAACUACUUAGGCAUGUCCUAUUGCCAAGUAAUUUUUAUGACCCCCUUUUUAUAAUGAUAUCCCGUACUUGAGCGUUUCCGUUAGGUUUGUCAUUGUUAACUUCUCGGUCAGUCUAGAUCCUUUUUGUGAAAUAUACCUUUUUACCAUUUGUUGUUUUUACUUGAAUAUUGCCAAUUCUGUCAUGGAUUUUCCGAUAACAUAAUUUUGAUUUAUUGUUGAUUACUGGGGUAAUGUCUUUGUUUGUUUUUUUACCUCUUUGUACUAAUCAAUUCUCUCGAUUUCAUUCCUUUCAUAUCCUUUUUCUUCAAUUCUUUCUCCAACUAGCUUUGGUAACAUGGAUGUAUUUUCUUGUCUAUUUGUGAAUGUGAUAUUCUUAGCUCUCUCAUGCUUUUGAUAAAGAACACAAUUUGCAACUAGGAAUUAACUGGAUCACAUACGAUACCUGAAAGAAAUUUGUUACAAAGAGAACUAUUGUGUGUUGCCCUAGUUCCAUUAGAAGUUCACGUGUCCAUCCUUCAUGCAUGAACAUUUUCUCCUCGUUAGUGAAUAAAGAGUCAUGUUUAGAAAAAUAAGUAAUACUAUUACCUAUAUUUUCCCUGAAGUUUGAUAAAACUUUUGUGUACGUGUAUUUUACAAGUCAAGAGGAAUAAUAGUUUCAUACUAGGAACUAUAGGAAAUUUAUUUUCUAAUGAAAUCUUUGAGAGGGGGAUGAACUUUUUUUUUCAGAUGAAAUGUAAAUAUCAAGAAAAUGGCAACAAAAAAUGUUUCUUAUAAUUAUUUUUAAGUAUAUUAGAGACCUGCUUAGAAUCCAUUUAAAAGCAUAAUUCACAGACUAUCUGAACAAUCAUGUACAUACGAAUUGAAAAUACAAUGGUGCCUGUUACUAAACUUAGUAUAUAUGUUGUGAAAUCAGAGAAUAGGUUACUAUUGAAAUAACAGGCAUAAUUUGAAUAAGGUUAUGAAGGUAGAAAAGAUGGAGAACUGCCAAGAUGAUUAAUUCAGAUCUCAUUCCUAAUGUGUUCAUAUAUUUUUAAGUUAACGACCUGUGUUAUAGAGAGCAGAAAAUAAGAGAAAGCACAAAUAUAUGCUCUUAAUACCAUAUAUGAAUGAGUAGGAAAUGCUGUUUUGAGAACAUAUUAUGAUUUUUUCUCCUUUUUUUUUUCUUUUUUUCUUUUUUUUCCAGUUGAUUUCUUCAAAGCUGCUAAAUUGUUGCAAUUCAAAUCAUAGUUGACAUUUAUAGACUGGAAAUGUACCGUGAAACCAUGUAAAGUACUUAUACCAGUAUUGUUCACAGGGUUCUGAAAGUAUAUUUUUUUUUCUUAUCUGAUAUGAUGAUGUGAACUUAAAAAAGUUAAAAAUAAAGUUUAUGAUGUAUGAAA